AUGAUCAUAGUCUGCCACCCGACUGUCCCAUUAAGCGAACAUCUUUUUCAAGCGAUAAAAUUUGUUGGAGGCGGAGUCAAGUCUGCUAGAACAGAUUUAUCAGAAAUAAUACGCGAAGAAAAAUAUGCUGGAGGUGUAUUCAAAUUGGCAAAUGGACGAACCGGGAACAACAAUCCUCCGCCAAAUACUCCACCAAAAACAACAAAUAAUCCUAAACCUCAAUCAAACUCAUCUAAUCUUCCCGCCCUGCACGACCAAGCCAUCACUGCCAUUGCCGCUGCCCUCAACCAAGAACCAAAAAUUUCGAAAACUACUAAUGAAAAGGAAAUUAAUAAUCUGCAAGAGGAAAUGUUGGAAGAAAUUAAGCAAAAAAGGAUUGCUAAAACUAAUAAUGAUAAAUUGGAAAAUCUUAUUCAACAAGCCCAAACUAAAAAUGGCAAUUAUGAAGAGUUAGAAGCCACACUCAAACAAAUUCGUGAACUUAGUUAUUUAACUCUUUACCAAGAAAAAAGAGAUAUAAUUCGAAAUCUGGAAAAUAAACUUGGUGAAUUAAGUCCCGAAAAACACCAAACAACUACCAAAAAAGAAAUUAUGGAAAAAAUGUCCCAAACUAAACUACGACCCGAAGACCUAGGCGAAGAAACCAGAAAAAAAUGGGAAAAAAUAAACAAUGGGGAAACUGCUGAUCCGACCAAAAUUAACGCUGAUAAAGAGGAAAUUAUGGAAAAAAUUGGCGAAAAAGGAGCUGAAAAUGAACUAAAAAAAUUAUUAGCAAUUGCUUGGCAAGCCAAAACUGCCAAGGAAAAAGAGGGAGCCAAACAACAAAUUAUUCGCUUCAUCAAAGAACAGAAUCGAUUUAACCAGCAGGCUUAUCAAAAUAAUAUAAAGGAAGUAGAAAAUUCAUUGACAAGAUUACGAAGCGAAGAAAAUGAAACGCAAGAAAAAAAACCAAGCGACAAUAUUUCAAAAACAGAAAAAGAGAAUUUAAAAAAAGAAAUUAAUAAUUCCCAACCAGAACAACUCGAUAAUAUUCUGGAACGAGCAAAAAAGUUAAUUAAGAACAAGCAGGGAAAUCCGGAGUUGCCAAAUCCAAUCCCGCCCCAACAGCCACCAGCCAAUGCUACUUAUUCCGCACUUAUACCUACUAAGCAGGAAAGAGAAUACAAACAUAAUCCUCAUUUGCCUAUUUCUUCCGCAGGAACUGAUUAUAGCAAACUUGAUGAAACUAACAAGAAUAGUUUAUUACCUGGUUCAGCCUUGCUAACCGACACUUUAGAUGGCUCAGAUGGGGCCGAUAGAGAAAAAUUUGAAAAGUUGGCUAUUCCGUUGGUUGGUGGUGGGAUUUAUUUAGGCAGUUGCGACCCAGAAAAAUUAGCGGAGGGAAUAAUGUGUGGAACGGUUAAUCAAUUAGCAGAGUGCCAAAAUUUACAACAAAUUGUUUUUUUAGACUGGCACGACAACAAAACUCCUCGCAAAAAUCGUCAAGUUUUUUUAAAUGCACUUGGCAAACUUGAAGACGAGAGAGAUAUUAGAGACAAAAGAAUACACGGAGCCAGUGUAAUUGUCAAUGCAGCUAAUACCCAAGUCCAAUUUGGGGGUGGAAUUUCCGGAGCCAUUGCCGAACAAGUGGGAGAUAAAGAUAAAAUAAACCAAAAAGCAAAAGAACUAAUUGCUAAAUUUAAUGUGUAA